CAACAAACACAACCCCUGACCGUCCAAGAGGAAAUUCAAAACCCUCUUUCGGUUCGUCUCAAUUCUAACUUGUAUUAUAUGGCUACAACUUGGAUCCCAAAUUCCCUGUUCGUAGGUUUCCCACUUUUCCCCGUAUUAAGAUCCAAUGGCGCUUUGAAUUAUUGGGGCAGUUGGGUAGGCCAAUGACAUAGUACCAUAGUUUUUUAAAGCAAAAAGGUGCACUUUAGUUAUUUAUUUUUUGCUUAGAAUUUUUGGCAUUGAGGUUGUGUGAAAGAGAGAGGAAAUAGGGAUGGGUUCGAAGAUGGAAGGAGCUUCUUCUUCUUCUACCCCAGCAAUUAGGCGUGACCCUUAUGAGGUUUUGUCUGUUUCAAGAGACUCCACUGAUCAGGAAAUCAAAACUGCAUACAGGAAGCUUGCUCUCAAGUAUCACCCUGACAAGAAUGCCAACAAUCCCGAAGCUUCAGAACUAUUCAAAGAGGUUGCAUAUUCGUAUAAUAUUUUGUCUGAUCCAGAGAAGAAAAGGCAGUACGAUAGCGCAGGGUUUGAGGCAUUAGAUGCUGAUGCCAUGGACAUGGAAAUCGACUUAUCUAAUCUUGGAACUGUUAACACAAUGUUUGCAGCUUUAUUCAGCAAGCUGGGUGUCCCUAUCAAGACUACCAUUUCAGCUAAUGUUCUUGAAGAAGCUCUAAACGGAACAGUGACAGUUAGACCCCUUCCAAUUGGAACAUCUGUUAAUGGAAAGGUAGAAAAACAAUGCGCUCAUUUUUUUGGUGUGACAAUAAAUGAGCAGCAAGCUGAAUCAGGGAUUGUUAUACGAGUUAUUUCAACUGCACAAAGUAAAUUCAAGUUGCUGUACUUUGAACAAGAUGCGAAUGGUGGUUAUGGCUUGGCAUUGCAGGAAGAUAGCGAGAAGACUGGCAAGGUCAUGUCUGCUGGAAUGUAUUUCUUACAUUUUCAAGUUUACAGAAUGGAUUCAACUGUAAAUGCGUUAGCAAUGGCCAAGGAUCCUGAAGCCGCCUUCUUUAAAAGGUUGGAAGGUCUUCAACCUUGUGAAGUCUCGGAACUAAAGCCUGGCACUCAUAUAUUUGCUGUUUAUGGAGAUAACUUCUUUAAGACUGCUUCCUAUACAAUUGAGGCAAUUUGUGCAAAAUCAUAUGAAGAAACCUCUCAAAAACUGAAGGAUGUUGAGGCUCAGAUUUUAAGAAAAAGGAUCGAGCUACGCCAAUUUGAAGCAGAAUAUAGAAAGGCAUUGGCACGUUAUCAAGAAGUGACUGACCGAUACACCCAAGAGAAGCAGUCUGUUGAUGAACUUCUGAAAGAAAGAGACACCAUCCAUUCUUCUUUCACCAUUAUCAAGCCGGCAAAUAUUGGUGGGAGUGGUAGUAAUUUAAGUAAUGGUAGUAGUAGCAAAAUUACUGGUGAAGAUUCGAAAGUAGAGAGCUCUGGGGAAGAUCUAGGUUCAGAUGGAAAGGAUAAAUCGGGAAAAAAGAAAUGGUUUAACAUCAAUCUUAAGGGUUCAGAUAAAAGGUUGGUUUGAGAUGCUCUUAUUUUGUUUAUAUAUUUUUCCUUCUUUUAUUGGUUCCACCAUGGUUGUAAAAUGCUUUGUUAAUUUCUUCCCUGUUAUGUGGUGCCUUAGAAGGUAUGUCUCAUUAUUUCGUUUAAUUUUUGGUUGCCCAGUGAGACACAUCAUCCAGUUUCCAUGAAGCAUCCUUAACUAGUAUAAUUUUGAAUUUUUGGUAUGGUAACGAUAUACUAGUUAUUGUUGCAUCAGAGAUGUUCUUCGGCCUUACUAGUUAUCAUCUACGAGGCUGACUUCAUCGAACAAAAAUUGAUGUUAUUAUGUUUAGCAUU